AAAUCCCAAAAUUUUGUUCUACUAUUUUUAAUUCUUUUGAUAUUUACUCGGGAUUUGUUAGUUUUAUUGUAAAUUCAACUAAGCUGUGAUUAUGAGAUGUGUAUAAUAUUUGUUUGUGAUAAUUGGAUAUCAAUUCGCAGCGGCCACUUUGUUAUUUUGGGUGAACUAUUUUUGUCCGCUCUAGUUUCGGUGCAUUGGAAUAAAUUUUGACAUCCAGGAAAAGAAUGUUCUUCCUGUACAUUGACCCCUGACCAGUAUCAUUGUGAUGGUGAUGUCGUGCUCUGGUAUGGGCGACGCGGUGCUUCGUGAGCGGCUGCCGGCCUUGUGGCGCCGCAUCGAGGAUGCUCACUACAGCUACCUCGAGACCGACGACAGCCCCGAGAAACUUGACCAGAAGAAGAAGCUUGAAGAUUACAUAAUAGAAUACCUAUCAUUAGUGCCUCAUGAGUGCAAGUUUGGGCUCGCGGAGACUGGGAAAGUGUUCCAGAAGACGAUCAAUGAACUGACAGAGUUUAGUGCGUAUCGAGCUGGUCUAGGAUGGGCAGCACUCGCCAGAUACGCUGCCAACCUGUUAGCUCAACCCUGGAGGAAGGAGUACAAAGUCAUCAGGUUAUACUGCGGAUAUUUCAAGCACGAAGUUGAAGCGAAUAUGGUUGGAGCAGAGACCCUGCUGCAGGCUAUGGGCUACAAACCUUCAGGGGCAGGUCAAAUGGAGCUGGACGGUCCAAUAUGCCCUGACAUGGUUGCUGCAGUGUCCAGGGACGCUCUUAUAGCCCAGUGUGAAUGUCAGAUAAUGGCGCACAUAUGGGAGGAGGCGUGGUCGCUGGGCGGGCGCGUGUCGUGGCGCGACGUGUGGCGCGAGCGCGCCGCGCACGCCGCGCCGCCCCGCGCCGCCGCCGCGCGCCUCGCGGCCGCCCGGCUUGGGACCGUCGACCGGAACACCAACCCAGCUUACACUGACAGUGCAGAAAUAUAUUCGAACAUCCCAACAACGGUAACGGACAGCUACCGAAGCCGAGUGGUAGACGAGCGGUACCACGGCGGCCAGCACUGCACCCACCUGUGUGAGGAGGUGGAGCAGGAGUCCCCGGGCAUGAUGGCGUGCCCCCCGUACAUGGUGCCGCCCAUGCUCCCGCACAUGAUGUACCCCGUCCCCCCACACAUGCACCCCGACGUGCCCGUCACGGUGCCGCAGUGUAGCACCAUACCCAUGAUGACCCCCUACGGAGUCCCCUACUACUACCCCGUACAGUCCCCCUACAUGCUCCCCACCCCAGUAUACGCCCCCAUAAAACAUGCAGCCACAGUCCCCGUUAACGGAUACCCACCGAUGCCCCAAUACAGGUACCCCGCAGUACCCACCGGGCAACUCAUCGAAUUAGACACGCCUUCAGUUUACGAAAACGGUAAAUUCGAAAAGUAUAAGGACGAUGAUAGAAAUUAUAGGAAGAGGCAUCCAGAAUCUUCUAGAAGAAACAGCACAUCGAAAUCUGGAUUAAGUGACGUUUCACUACCGAGCUUACCGCGAUCCGAUACGCAACCAGCUCUCAGCAAGGCGAGAGAGGAUGGCAUGGGCACAUACGAGAGCUGGGACUAUGUAUUUAGGAAUUUGUCGAGCAAAGAACAAGAGGGAGACGGACGAAGUCGAUUCUCACCCUCACUAGACAGAGAUUCAAGGACACUUGACAGGCUAGACAGAGAGGAAAGGAGGGCCAAGUACCAGCCAACAACACUCGACCUGGAAGACGGCUUACAAGCUCUAAAUCUUGACAGGUCAUACGACGAGGAAGUAUACCGGACUGCGAAGGUCGAGAACUUGAUGAGGAUGAAACAAGAACAAGAAUUGAAAAGAGCGAAACAGCUAGCGAAGAAGCAAGCUGAAUUAAAAGCAAAGAGAUCAGUGCCAGAACCGGUCGGGAAUCCUAAGGCUGAGGCGUUAGUAACACAAAAGGUGGCGCCUGACAAGGUGAAGCUACUGAGUAAGAAAGAUAUUAAGGACAGAAAAGAGGUCAUAAAGCAGCAAAGUUCAGUCAAUGGAGCCAGCAGUAAUGCGGCUGAAGUCAAGAAAGUGAAGAAACCCUCGAAACUAGUCGCUGCGGAAGUGGACAAACCGAAGAGCAAGCCAGUGGAGAAUGGAGUUCAUAGCUCAGCACAUAGUUCCAAAAGUAAUCAAGUACCAAAUCCUAACUACGACCUAAAAGCGCAGCUGAUAGUGACGUUGGACGAGACGGACCAUGUGAGACGGUCUCCGCCACGACAGUCGCAGGUCAAUGGGGACCGGGAGCGACCGGUGAGCAGGACGCCCAGCCAACACAAUGGUGACAGGGACAGGGUGGAGGGCGCGCCCAGUGACGUGAGGCGGGGGGACAAGUGGGAGUGUGGCACGUGCACGUACCUGAACGCGGGCGGCGCCGCGGCCUGCGACAUGUGCGGCAAGUCGCGGCGCGGCGCCGACAUCCAGCCGCUGCGCUCCGGCGGCCGCGAGUGCCCCGCCUGUACCCUCGUCAACGAGCGAGACGCCAAGCUGUGCGACGCGUGCGGCACUAGUCUACAACAUUGCCCCACCUACAUAUAGAAUGUACGCAGAUUAUGGUUAUGACGUCAUCCAUUUCGGGUUGCCAACUUACAUCUAAUCAUUAUUUAGUAUCGUUUUAGUUGAUAUAACUGUUAUUGAAUGCACAAUUAUUAUUAUGAUUUUCUAUGGUUAUUAUUUGCAGCUAAAUGCAGUUUGUAGUUUAUUUAAAUUUUAAAUUAUGAAUUAUGAAAGUUUUUGCACAUUGAAUGUGUUAUUGCGCAGCUGUUAGAGAUUUAUUCGUGCGUAAAAUUAUUCAUAUCGGUAUAUUUACAAAUCCUAUAAUUGGUUAUUGAUUAACAAGAUAGGUAUAUCAUUGUUACAUGUGCGUUAGUAUUACCACAUUAUUGCAUUGUGACUGUUAUGUCACUAACAUUGUUUAGACAAACUGUUGUUUACAAGGAGUUGGGCCAUGAAAUAAGCGAUUACUGAGUACGACAGUUCACAGUGAUUGUACUAAUUAUAUAUUUAUUUAAAUGUUGAUGCAUUUAACGAAUUCAUUAAAAUUACAAAUGUUGCAUUUUUCUAACAUAUUUUAUUUGUCCGUUAAAUGUUUGAAAAUGGAAUCACAUUGUCGUUUGUCGUGUAAUAUGUCUUCAAAGUAAUCGAUAAAUUAUAAUUAUAGCAAUAAUUAGAAAAUUAGAAGAAUGUAUGCAAAGAGGUUUUAGAGGGGUUACGGGCAGACUUAAACGACAACCGUUUGUUUCAUGGCCAUUUGAAUAUAAUUUUAUGUUAUUAUUGCUCAUAAAAUAUGAUAAUUUAACUAACAGAUGUAUGUAAUACAAGUUAUUGUUAUAGAACCUUUAUGUGACGUAGUUACUAAAUCGUUUUCUUUAUAUCGCUUGUGACAGGGUACCGUUGGACGUGGAUAAUGUGUUAUACUGGAGACAUACUUUAGAAAUGUGACCUGACUGGAUGCUACUCAAUGCAGGUUAAUUUGUUAUUUAUUUUCCUAUGGACAUUGUUGAUCACUGUUAUUAACGUACCCACGACAUAAGAAACAUCGUUUUGUGUAAGCUGUUAUAGCUAUCAAAAAUUGAACAAUCAAAACGCAUUGCGUUUCGUUGUGUCGCGUCGCGUCUCAAUAGUAUGUCUCCAGCUUUAUAGCACCAUGGGUUACGUUUGACCACAAGAUGGAGGCUGAUGGUGUAACUAUCUCGAAGUAAAUAAAUAUGAUUGUAAUAAUA